CCGCCUGUGGGAUCAUGAUUACUGCUUCACACAAUCCCAAGCAAGAUAAUGGUUAUAAAGUAUAUUGGGAAAAUGCAUGCCAGAUCAUUCCACCACACGACAAAGGCAUUAGUAAUGCGAUUAGCAAUAAUCUUGAACCCUGGAUAUGGGACCCUAAACUUGUCGAUAAUAAUGAAUUAUGUGUCGACAAUAUAAAUGAAAUUUCUGAUGCUUAUUUUGGAGAGUUGAAGGUAUUAUCGCGUCAUCGAGAAGAUAAUGCGGCAUCAAAUCUCAAAUUUAUUUACACAGCCUUGCAUGGGGUUGGAACCCCAGCAGCAAAGAGAAUAUUUGAAACGUUUUCUUUAAAAUCACUUAUCCUUACCAAGGAACAAGCCGAUCCAGAUCCAGAUUUUCCGACAGUAACAUUUCCUAAUCCUGAAGAGGGAAAAGGAACAUUGGAACUUGCCAUGAAAACUGCCAAUGAAGUUGGUGCACGUAUUGUAUUGGCAAACGAUCCUGACGCUGAUAGAUUUUCAGUUUCGGAAAAACAAAAAAAUGGUAACUGGACAAUCUUUUCGGGUAAUCAAAUAGGUGUAAUGCUUGCAUCCGUUGUACUAAAUAAUUAUAAAGCCAGUGGUAAACCACUCGAAAAAUUAGCAAUGUUAUCAUCUGCUGUAUCAUCAAAAAUGUUGGCCAUAAUUGCAAAGAUUGAAGGAUUUUAUUUUGAAGAAACUUUGACAGGAUUUAAAUGGUUGGGCAAUGUAACGAUUGAUCUGGUAAAAAAAGGAUAUGAAGUAUUAUUUGCUUAUGAAGAAGCAAUUGGAUUCAUGAUUGGAGAUGCUGUUAGAGAUAAAGAUGGUAUAAGUGCUUUAGGAACUUUUGCAGAAUUAGUUGUACAAUUAGAUAAACGAGGAAUGAGUAUUUCAGAAUAUUUAGAUGAAUUAUAUAAAAAGUAUGGAUAUUUUGUAACAGAAAAUUCUUACUUUAUCUGCCAUUCUUUACCUACUAUCAAUAAUAUUUUUGAUAAGAUUCGGUACGGAGAAAACCCG